CACACACACACACACCAAAAGAAAUGGAGAUUUCUUUCACCCCCACCACCAGUUGGGCCGCCUACGCAGUCGCAUGGCUUGCAACGAUGGUCAUCGCGCUCCUUUGUAGGCGUUUUCAUCAGAAAAAACUCAACCUCCCUCCAGGUCCAAAGCCCUGGCCUAUCGUUGGAAACUUAAACCUCAUUGGCACCCUCCCUCAUCGUUCACUCCAUCAACUCUCCCUAACAUAUGGUCCCCUAAUGCACCUCCGUUUUGGCUCCUUCCCCGUUGUGGUCGGCUCCUCCAUGGAGAUGGCCAAAGUUUUCCUCAAGACCAUGGACGUCACUUUUGCUGAUAGGCCCACAACUGCAGCCGGAAAGUAUACCAGCUAUAACUUCUCUGACAUCAUAUGGUCCCCUUACGGACCAUACUGGCGCCAGGCGCGUAAGAUGUGCCUCAUGGAAUUGUUCAGCGCAAAAAGACUCGAGUCCUAUGAACAUAUUCGUGUGGAAGAAAUGAACUCACUUCUUCUGGGGCUGUUCCAAUCUUUAGGCAAGCCUGUCUUGUUGAAAGAUUAUCUCACAACUAUGACCUUGAACGUGAUUAGUAGGAUGGUGUUGGGGAAAAGAUACUUGGACGAGUCUGAUCAGAACUCAAUCAUCACGCCUAAAGAGUUCGUGAAAAUGAUGGACGAGUUUCUUUUGCUCAAUGGAGUCUUUAACAUUGGUGAUUCAAUACCUUGGCUGAAUUUCUUGGAUUUGCAGGGGUAUAUUAAGAGGCUGAAAGCCCUGAGCAAGAAAUUCGACUGGUUUCUGGAGCAUGUCCUGGAUGAGCAUAAUGCGGCCAGGAUGAGGAAUGAUGAACAGAAUCGUGCAAGCAAGGACAUGGUGGACGUCCUUCUGGACCUUGCGGAGGAUCAGACUUUAGAGGUGAAGCUGGAGAGGCAUGGAGUCAAAGCAUUCACUCUGGACCUACUUGUUGGUGGAACUGAGAGCUCAGCGAUAACAGUCGAAUGGGCCAUUUCGGAGUUGCUGAAAAAGCCAGAAUUAUUCGAAAAGGCAACCCAAGAACUUGACGAGGUUAUCGGUCAGAACCGAUGGGUAACAGAGAAGGACAUCCCAAACCUUCCUUAUGUAGAAGCUAUUGUUAAGGAAACAAUGCGUAUGCAUCCUGUAGUACCAAUGCUGGUGCCAAGAUGUGCCCGUGAAGAUUGCAAUGUUGCAGGGUACGAUAUCCAAAAGGGAACUCGAGUUCUCAUUAAUGUUUGGUCAAUUGGGAGGGAUCCCGAAUUGUGGAAAGAUCCCCAGGAAUUUUACCCUGAAAGAUUCAUUGGAAAGGAAAUUGAUGUCAAAGGGCAAGACUACGAGUUGUUGCCUUUUGGUUCUGGAAGAAGAAUGUGCCCGGGGUACAGUUUAGGCCUUAAGGUUGUCCAAUCCACUUUGGCCAAUCUUUUACAUGGAUACAACUGGAAGUUGCCAAGUGAUAUGAAUCCUGAGGACUUGGACAUGGAAGAAAUCAUCGGGCUUUCAACACCGAGGAAGUUCCCGCUUGUUGCCGUUGUUGAGCCUCGGCUUCCUCAUCAUCUUUAUUCACUAUGAUUUGAUAUAUAUGCUUAAUUCUCAGGAUCGCGAUCAAAUUGUGUUCAAAUAAUUCAUCAAUGCAAGUUCUAAUAGAAUUUGUAUGCA